AUGCCGAAGGCCGCUGCUGUCAAGAUCAAGACCGAGCAGCCGGAUUCGAGGCGAAAGCGGAACCGAGUUCCCAUGUCCUGUACCAUUUGCCGGAGGAGGAAGGUGAAGUGCGAUAAACGUAAACCCAAGUGCGCAAAUUGCAAGAAGCGAGGGGUUCAACACUUGUGCCAUUAUCUUGUUCCUACCUGGGCGAAGCCUCUUUUGGAUGAGGAAAUUGGUGAUUAUGCGGUAGAGGGUAUGGGACCUGGAGAUGAGGAUAUGGACAUGGAUAACUCCUCGUCACAAGAGGACGAGGAGGAGAUGAAUGAAAUGCGUGCCACGAUUCGCGCUCUGGAAAAGGAAAACGAGAUGUUGAAGCUGAAGAAAGCGAAUAACACACCUCCUAUUUUCCACAGUGACGAGGUUGUGGAACUCACCAGAACGAACUAUUUAUAUACGACCCAGCCUGUUGCCACGAUGAUCAAGUUCCCAAUCGCAUAUCACAUUGGAGUGUUUUCGUGGAUGUUCUUCGUGAAGAACGACUUUGUCCUGAACGAUCUGUGGUCCAAGAUAUCGGGUUUGCGAAAACAUUAUGACUCUGCUUAUGGGGGCCACCAUAACAGCCCUAACAACCUGUUGGAAGGAGAAAUUGAUUUCACAAGCAGUUUUGGCGCGUUCAAGAGAGAAGACAGAUGUCCCGCGAUGGACCACGAACCGGCGUCUCAACAAUGUCCAGUAACCGGCAAGGCUGGUGCUUCAUGUCCUUCUGGUUCAGAUAAAGCUGCUGAAGUGAUGCCAAAGUAUGCUUAUUCAUCUGCAGAUGCAAAGAAAGAGGACGAUGUCAAGGUAUGCCCUCUUAUGAUUGGCGAUGCUAGGGCUAUGUUCAGAGAGAAAAUUUCCCAAAUGUCUUCUCUAUAUACGGCGUCGGCUUCGGCGCCGCCAGACGUGAAUAACACUUCUCCUCAAGUGACUGCAGUUUCAGCGACAAUUCUGGGUGAGCCAUCCAGGAACCAAGACGGUUCUGAAUGCCCGGUUGUUGGAUGCGACGCCAACUCCAAGCGUCCAAAAAGGCAGAAGAAGGUCAAACAGGUAACCGCACCUCCUUCUGUCAAGAAAUUCAACUUCAACGAUACAAAACAAGCUCUCAAUCUCAUCGAGAAACAACUGCCCAACAGGAAGAUCAUCUGGUUGCUGAUAGAUCGCUUCUUCGAGAAUCUGUAUAUACAUGUUCCAUUUGUGGAUGAGGCUUCUUUUAGACUGAAGAUAGCCACCAUCAUUGGAUCUUCUUCUCAGACGGUUCAGAAGGUGAAACUCAGUGACUACGGAUACUGCUAUGGUGAAGAGUUCCUUACCAUCAUGUUGAUGCUGGUCAUUCUGAGACUCAGUUGGUUGAGUUUGCCUAGACAGACAGCGAAGUUAUCAACCGUGGAGCAGACAUUGAUCAAACCGGAAAACAUUGUGCCAAUGGUGCUGACCGAUCUGGUUAAGGAGACUUUCAUGAACAUGAAGAUAGUGACGAGGCCUUCGGUCACAAUUCUUCAAAUAGGUCUCUUCUUGAAGUACUACAACAUAUUUAGCCCCGAGGACGGGUUUGACCUUGAUGAUACUGGGUCUUCCACGAAUAUAGAGAACACUGCGAAUCUCAACAAUGAACUGGCUAACGUCACUGGAGCCACUUUUCUGAACGAGUUGAUAACUCUGGCAAAGACGAUUGGUGUCAAUCGUGAUCCUCUGAUCUUUGAGAACUUUGCUGCUGGUUCGCAGGAAUCCAUGGGUCUUUUCAGGAAAAGACAUCUAUGGAGAAAACUGUGGUUUGGACUCUUGAAUUUGAGUUUGGUAACGAAUCUCAGCCUUGGUGAUUUGAAGAAAGGAUUGCCCAUUGAGAUAGACAACGAUCCCAGGUUGGGAAUUCCCUCAAAGACCUGGGACACAAAGUUACCUGGAAGUGUUGAGGAAGAUCUCUUUGAUAGGGCAUUCAGUGGGCUUGCUCUGAUCAAGGAGAAAAAGAUCGUGGAGAACUUCAGGAUCGAACAGGAAAUGAAUGUUUUGCUGCACAAUGCCAUGGAUAUGUUCUUCAGCCUCAACCGUCCAGUUUCCAAAUCCAAGGUAGAUGAUUUGCUGGAGAGGCUACGAAGGACUUUGAGUGACGACGGCAUUUUUGAGGUUCGAAGCUGUUUCCAAGGAGAAUCUAAGAAUGUGGUCGAUCUCAAGGCCGACAAAUUUGACAAUGCCAACAAGAUUUUUCGAAUGAAGACCCAUCUCGUUGGAAAGAGCAUGAGGUUUGCACUGAACUAUCUCAUGUUCCUGAAUCACGAAAUCAAACUCAACAAUUUUAAGGGAACUGAGGAAGAACAUGCUAUUCAACGUCGGUAUGUUGCUGAGUAUUUUGAAAGCACUCUGCUAUUGGCUAUAGACAACUACAACAUUUUUGUUCAAUUCUUCUUCGAGAACAACGAGAAGAGGUUCCCUGAUUCCACCGCGGAAUUGAUGGUAUACCCGUUCUUGAUGAUUCUGAACCAUAGGUCCAUGGAGUUUUUGAUCUCGUUGAUCCUGAGACUUCAACAAGAUGUUCCUUUGAACAUUGAGAUACUGGCGAAGAAUGAAAUUGAUAAGAAGGAUCUUCUCAUCAGGUUGUUCCAGUAUCUCCAGGUCUUCCUGAGCAAGAUGGAGUCUCUCACCAAAAAGUACUACUAUGCCUGGCGAUUGAGGAAACUGAUCAAGUUCUUCUACAAAGUGCUUUUAAACUCGAACAGAUUGUUUGCGUUCAACCUCAAGAAUGCCCCUCCGUUGCUCCCACAGGCUCCUCUUUUCAAAUCAGAGCCCAAGAAAGAAGAAGUACACUGUCCGAUCUACAAAGACCUCAACACGAACUUCAUUCCAACUCUUUCGAGCCAGAGGAAAGAAACUCCCCUACCCAUUGUUCCCGUACUGCAGUCGCACCAGCCGAUCGAAUCGCCUCUUCCUUUGACACCGACGUAUUCCCAGAACCUCAGUCUUGGAAUGGCUACGCCUACGACCAAUUCCACCGUAGAGGACCAGCAGGAUGGAAUGGACAUGAUGCUUGGGUUGAAUGCCUCUGAGAUGGACUUCAACUUCUUCAACGAGCUGAACGAAUUUGGAGCUGAAGGAAACCUCAUGAAUGGACACGGCGGGCUGAUGACAAUCGAACCAUCUGCCUACAUGGAAACAGAGAUAGACUUUACUUAUGUCGACUUCUCUGGAUGA